AUGGCUCUUGAGUGGCGCCCGAACGACCCAUAUUCCUCGCUGGCGGGGCAGAUCCUGGUUGCCUCGCGACACCUCGCCGAUCCCAAUUUUUUCCGCACCGUCGUCCUGAUUCUGGAACACCGCGAGGGCGUGUUGGGGGUCGUGCUGAAUCGGCCCACGGUGAUCACGAUUGCCGAUGUCGUGCCCGCCUGGCAGGACUUGAUUGCCCUACCGCCGGUUGUGUUUCACGGCGGACCGGUCGAGCGCACCGCCGCGAUCGGUCUCGCGCGCCCCGAUGGGCCGGUCGAUCCGGAGCAAUCCGCCUUCGCUCUGACCAUCGACUUUCCGGGGCGCGAGGUAGGAAUCGUCAACCUCAGUGCAGAGCCGGGUGCGCUGGUCGGCGUGGUUCGUGAUCUGCGGAUUUACUCGGGAUACGCUGGAUGGAGUCCGGGACAACUUGAAAGCGAGAUUCAGGCUGGCGGCUGGUUAGUUCUCGAUCAUGAGGCGUUCGAUCCACUGACCAGUGAUCCGGCCACGCUUUGGAACCAGGCUGCGAGUGCGGCCGCCAGCGGACAGGGAGUCAGGGCCAUUGACGGGCCGUCGGUGCAAAACAACUAG